GCGAUGACCAAUCGAAAACCAUUUUCUCUGUCAAAAUUUCCAAGUACGAGUUCAUUGAAGCACUCAAAGUGGCCAUCAAAGAUGCAAAGCCGAACGUACUGGCUCACGUUGACGCAGACCAGCUCGAGCUAUGGAAGGCCGACACUCCCUUCGGUAUCCACGUUCUCAUUAAAGUUCCCCUUCCCGCUCUUCUCAGUGAGUCUGACUUUCUUGAGCUCUGCCCGCCUCCUCUUGGCUACAUUAACAGAAACAGAAGUACUGGAAGCGCGAGGUCUUUAUAUGCACACACGCCAGGAUCUGUCGUUACAUGGAAUAACUUCGAAAAUGAUGUAAAAUGUCGUAUAUAA